AUGGACAUGUCAGGCUCGUCCGGCACCCCAUGGCUGGACCAGCCCGUCAUGCUGCACUCGUCGCGCGCCGACAAAUGCACGCUGACACCGGCACAGUGUGCCUAUCGCAGCGGACACUGGAGAUACUGGUUCGUCAGAGCGGUUUUGUUUGUUGACCAAGUGCAGAAAGCUGAUGAUUGUUUAAUGCUCGGCCCCAAGCCUUACUACUGGCCCACGACAGCCAACUUUGGAAGCAGCCCGCCCAUCGCGACCAGAUCGGGGUGGAUGGCUCUGGGCUUGCUGCCUUUUGUCCUGGCUCUGUCCGCCAAGGCCAACCUGAUCUCUGCCGCAACGGGCAUCUCGUACGAAAAGCUCCAAAUCUUCCACCACUGGACCAGCUACGCCAUGUUCGUGCUGGCCCUGGUCCACACGUUCCCCUUCAUCGUCCACCACAUCGGCAAGGGCGACAUGGUCAUGCAGUGGAAGACCCAAGUCACCUACUGGACGGGCGUGGCGGCCAUUAUCCCGCAGGCGUAUCUGACAUUUAUGUCCUUGCCGUGGAUUCGGGACUACUUCAUCGCCACCGGCUCCAUCUACUUCUUCUCUCUCUUCUACUCGGUCGUUCGAACGCAUCUCUUCCACGGCCUGCACACCGCCACCCUUACUCUCCUCCCCUGCGGUCUGCUCGAGGUCCGCAUCCGGACCAUCAUCUCCUGGACCCCCGGCCAGCACGUCUUCAUCCGGUUCCUGACGCUGGGCAUCCACAGUCUGACCGCGCACCCCUUCACCAUCUCGUCUGCAGUCCACGAGACGGAGAAAUGCGGCCAUCCGUCCGAGAUGACCUUCUACAUCAAGCCCCGUGCUGGCAUCACCGCGCGGCUCGCAAAGCUGGCUGAAGCCAGGCCCAAUAUCAGCGUUCGCGUAUUGCUGGACGGCCCCUACGGCGGCGUCAACACCGACGCGGUGAGAAGAGUCGACACUCUGCUCGUCGUGGCCGGUGGCUCCGGCGCAAGCUUUUCGCUGGGUAUUGUCGACGAUGCGUUGAGGAGGUGUCACAUCUACCAGAAGACGGGGCAACGUAUCCAGAUCGUCUACGCUAGUCGUCAGAGGGCCGUCGCAGAAUGGUACGCUCGGGAGAUGGAGUCGUUGCUCUCGUCCAGCGACAGCGCAUCAGAGGACGACGAAGAGAAAGAGAACAAAAACGUCUCCGCGUCGAUAUAUAUCACCUGCAACGAGUCAGAAUCACCAUCAGAAUCAGAUUCUACCGCAGAAAAGACCAUCCCUACAAAACAAACUCCCACUAGCGAGAACAACACAAUUCAAAUCUACAAAGGCCAGGGACGACCCAAUCUCCAAGCAAUCAUUUCGUCGUGCUCUGCCAGAUGUAAAAACAUUGGCGUCGUCGUCUGCGGUCCUGUGGCCAUGAUCCAGGAUGUCCGCGACGCCGUUGCAGAGGAGCAAUUGCGGGUGUUGAGAGAGAAGAAUCAGAGGACGGAGGUUUAUCUUCAUGCGGAGUAUUUCUCAUGGUGA